AUGACUUUCCCUCUCCGGCAAGGCGCGGUCCCCCCCGAUCUCACCGACAUUGUUUCUUCUUCAGAGCCGCCGUUCGAAAAUGGGCUCUCGUCUCCAUAUGUUCGACCUCCUACACCAUUGCCGCCGCCGCCGCCGUCACCGCACUCGACGCCAAACAAGCUCCCUUUCAGAGGGUCUGCUUUCCUCGGCAAUGACUACGGCGUACACUUCUCCUGUGGACAUGUCGAUGUUUCCAUGGCCGGUCGCGGAACACGGAAUGAGACCAUCGCUGGUUGCAUCGGCAAGUGCUGCCUCACCGUUGUUGCGGAGACCGUCGCCGACGUCUUGCUGAACCAGUUCAAGUUGGAGUUUCAAGAGAUGAUCCACUGCGCUAUCCGGCACGAGCUCCUCAGGCUUUACAGAAACGAUACAUUCAAUAGAUUUUUCCACCGUUGCGCAGCAGAGGAGAUCAGCAGGCACUUCGAGGCUGCAAAGGCCAGGUUUUCGGCCAUGGAUCGCGAGUUCUCUCCGAGUCAUUAUGUUGUGCCCCCUGUGCCUGCCUCUUUGUUGGCUCCCCGACCUAACCCGGAAACCCAUAGGUCAACCUUCACGCCUCGUCGCGCGUCGUCGUCCCCCGGUGACAAGAUCGAAACUAUCCGUGUCCGCAAGGUGGACAACGAUCGAGUUGCCCUUGGUAUCAUCCCCGUGGAUGGCAUCAUCAACCGGGAUCUUGACGCUACCAUGCGAGACCUCGUCGACCGUCUCCCUACCAGGAGGGUCCCACUCACGGAGAACAUUGAGGUCACUUACUACAUGCCCCACGCGGGCUCUGACGGUCCCUUCUACUGGGUCCCGUAUGGCUAUGCCAUUGGGGUAUUCUCGGAGCCUGACCAUUUCUAUACGCUGUGGGCCGGGAGUAACGGCGCUGAGGGCUACCGAGUCGACACAAUCAACGAAGGUUGCAAGUGUUUGGAGCGAGCCUUGCUUGAGGGCCGUUUUGGCCUCCUUCGUUAG